AGCUUGUAACAAAAACUAAAAAUUUGUAAACCCUCCGAUAACACAAUUAUGAGUACUUCCUUAUAGUACCUCUGCACCGCUACUAUACUCUAGCUUUCCCGAACCUUCCUUUGCUCGAAAGCCAAACUCAUCGUAUCAUUUCACUUUCAAAACUCUCUCAAUUCUAAAUUAGCAGAAGAAACAAUAUUCGCUCAGGGAAAAAAAUGUUUAAGAAGGCAGUAGAGGCAAAAUCGCAUCAGAGGCUUUCUGGUGCCGACAGAAAAAAGCUUAAACGAACCAUCAGAGAUAAGUUUCCUCGAGCUUCUGAUGCCGAUAUUGACAUUUUACUCCCGCCCAAAGCAGAGAUUACUGUUGCAAAAUUUCAAAAUCGAGUCCAUGUAUUUGGUGUCGAAGGUGGCUUUCCUAUGUUUUUUGAUGUUGAUGGGCGAGGCACAGAAAUUUUCCCUACAGUUUUCGCUCUUUGGAAGGUCCCUGAAUUGUUGCCUUCUUUUAUGCUUAAGGGGGGUGAGGUCUCUCGGUUUGUCAUUGGAGGGGCGGAUUUGAUGUUCCCCGGCAUUACUGUACCUGCUGAAGGCCUACCUUCUUUUUCAGCAGGGGAAGUAUGGGCAGUAAAAGUUCCUGGAAAUCCAGCACCUAUUGCUGUUGGAUCUACCACUAUGAAGAGCACUGAAGCAAUAAAAGCUGGUUUGCGUGGAAAAGCCUUAAGGAUAACUCACUAUUACCGAGACUUACUUUGGGAAUCUGUUGAGGGCCAUUAUGUGCCAAAUGCAGGUUUCUUGGAAGAUGUUGUCUUUGAGGAUCCUGCUUUCUCAUCAUCAGUUAAAGUUCCCGAUGCAUGUGAAGCUGGUGGUGAUGAUGAUCAGCAGAAUGAGGAUCAGAGCAAAGAAAUUGGGGAAUCUGCUGACCUAAAUGAGGUCACAUCGGAGCCUCAUCCAUCUUCAAACGUGAAACUUGAUUCUAAAAAUGACAUUGUAGAACAAGUCAGUGCAGAUGUGGGUGAUUUGAAAAUAAAAGAUAAUAUAGCUACUGAUGAAUCAAAUGCUGAGGGGCAGCAUAUGUUGUCAACUACUGAUGUGGAUGCUUAUUUGGACAAAUGCCUGUUGCAAGCCCUGCAUAUGACUGUUAAGGACAAAGAUCUUCCAAUGCCUGGAAGCACCUUAUGGUCAAACCAUGUUUUGCCUUGUAGACCUUCUGGUGUCAUGCUAGAUAUCAAGAAAUCAUCCCACAAGAAAUUGUCGAAGUGGCUGCAAGCAAAAUCAUCUGCAGGAUUGAUUUCAGUGAAGGAAGACAAAUAUAAAAAGGAAACUGUAUUAUUUUCCAUUAACCGCGCCCAUCCAGAUUACUUAUCCUUUAAGCCAGAGAAGAGGCAGGAACAGAAAAUUGAUCAGACUGCUGAUCAAGCUACUAGUGCAAGUCGGCCACAAAAAACGCUUGAAGUGACAGAGAUCUAUAAACCAAGUGUUCAUGUCAAUCCCAUUUUUGCUUCUGUUGGUGCCGAUACUGGGAAACUUUACAGUGCUUCCGAAGCUUCUGAUAUUGUCUUCAAGUAUAUUGAGAAAGAAAAUUUGGUCAAGCCCACAAACAAGGCUUUUGUAGUUUUAGAUCCAACAUUAUGUGAUGCUUUGUUCAAGGGAGCAAUUAAGAAAGGAUCAACAUACCCAACUGAGAUUCAUAAGAAGGAUCUAGGAUUGACAUUUGUAAGCCGGAUGCAAGCACAUUACGUUGUUACGCGUGGAAGCGAGUCAGUUGUUCGUAAAGGUUCAUUGAAGGCAAUUCAAAUUGUAACAGAAAGGCGACAAGGUAACAAGAAGGUCACAAAGGUCUCAGGUAUAGAAUCAUUCUUGAUGGAUGCUGAGGCAUUGGCAUCAGAGUUGCAGAAAAAAUUUGCUUGCAGUACUUCAGUGCAAGAGCUACCAGGAAAGAAGGGGUUUGAGGUUCUUAUUCAAGGUGGUGUGAUCGAUGAUGUAGCACGGCAUCUGGUCGAACAAUAUGGGGUUCCAAAAAGAUAUAUUGAGGUUCUUGAUAAAACCAAGAAAUGAAAAGUACUCUUAAUGGUGGGAGUAUUCAUGAGAUUAUGGAAGGAAGCAAAUUACUAAAUUACUACUUAAACCCUCAUUUGAUACAAUCCCAGGAAUGAGUGCUGAGCGGAGGUUAGAAUUGAGUUUUCCUUGAACUUGCUUUUAUACGAGAAAAUUAGGGUCAAACUUCCUUCUGCAAAGAUGUUCAAGUAUAUGAAGUUUUUCUGCAGCAAUGCCUAAAUCUACGCCGAGAUUAAAUUUUAGGAAAUCGACUAUUUUACAUGACUUUUCUGCAGCAAUGUCAAACUUCCUUUUACUUUCGCAUGUCAAGAUUGUAUAGACUAAUCUUUACUCUUCCCCUUACCUGGAAUGGGUUGAUUUAGUGUUGGUUUUGUAAUGAUCUUAUGGCACUUCCUACUCAUGUUAUUUGUUAUAUUUUGUGAUUUGAGAGGUGAGGUGAGCCAUGUCUUGCAUGAAUGUUUCCAUUUUUAACAUAAAUGAACAAUUUUCCUCCA